CCGGAGCGAGCGCAGCGCCGGCACUUGGCUCCCGCCGCCGGAGAGGACGCGUCGUGCUCGCGCUCGCCCUGCCCGGCCCACAGUGGCCGCGAUGGAGCCUCUGUUCCCGGCCCCCACGCUAGCCAGCUGGAACACGUCCUCAGUGGCCGCCGGCACAGGCGGUGGGAACGGGACGCUGGCAGGGCUGGCGCCCUCACCGGGGGCCCGAGCGGUGGUGGUGCCCGUGCUGUACCUGCUGGUGUGCGCGGUGGGGCUGGGUGGCAAUGCCCUGGUCAUCUACGUGGUGCUGCGCCACGCCAAGAUGAAAACGGUCACCAACAUCUACAUCCUCAACCUGGCCGUGGCCGACGUGCUGCUCAUGCUGGGGCUGCCCUUCCUGGCCACGCAGAACGCCGUCUCCUAUUGGCCCUUCGGCCCCGUCCUGUGCCGCCUGGUCAUGACGCUGGACGGCAUCAACCAGUUCACCAGCAUCUUCUGCCUGACCGUCAUGAGUGUGGACCGCUACCUGGCCGUCGUGCACCCCAUCCGCUCCACCCACUGGCGCCGCCCCAGGGUGGCCAAGCUGGCCAGUGCCGCGGUCUGGGCCUUCUCACUGCUCAUGUCCCUGCCGCUGGUGGUCUUUGCAGACAUCCAGGAGGGCUGGAACACCUGCAACCUCAGCUGGCCGGAGCCCGUGGGCCUGUGGGGUGCCGUGUUCAUCAUCUACACGUCUGUGCUAGGCUUCUUUGGGCCGCUGCUGGUCAUCUGUCUGUGCUACCUGCUCAUUGUGGUCAAGGUGAAGGCAUCGGGCGUGCGGGUGGGUGCCACGCGGCGGCGCUCAGAGCGCAAGGUGACCCGCAUGGUGGUGGUGGUGGUGGUGGUGUUCGUGGGCUGCUGGCUGCCCUUCUUCAUCGUCAACAUCGUCAACCUGGCCUUUGUCCUGCCCGAGGAGCCGGCCUCCGCCGGUGCCUACUUCUUCGUGGUCAUCCUGUCCUAUGCCAACAGCUGUGCCAACCCCGUGCUCUACGGCUUCCUCUCCGACAACUUCCGUCAGAGCUUCCGGAAGGUUCUGUGCCUCCGCAAGGGCUACGGUGCCGAGGACGCAGAUGCCACGGAGCCACAGCCCGACAAGAGCAGCCGGCCGCAGGAGGCCACACUGCCCGUGCGCAGCCCCGAGGCCAACGGGCUCAUGCAGACCAGCCGGCUGUGAGGGCUGCAGGCGUGGGGGGCUCCUGGUGGCGUCUGGAUUCCCUGCCAGGUGGAGCCUCCCCCCAACAUUCCGGCGCCUGCUGAGGUGCCCCCUGCAAUGGCCGGGAUGCUCCACACGGUGUGAGGACCAGCGGUCCUGGGCAAGGCCGUGGGUGGUCCUGCAGUGAGGCUCAGGGAUGCGAGGGAGUGGGUGGGAGAGGCUGGGUGUCCCGGGCAGUGCUCGGGGCAUCUUGACCUUCUUAUCCUGCCCCUGGCCUGUGCCAGCCUGCCAGGCCAGGGAGUGACCACCGGUGUGAGCUGGGGACUGCUUGCCUCCGCCCUCCGGCCCCCCGUGCCUCCUCACAUCAACCCUGCAUCACCUGGCCGAGUCAAGUGUGAGUCUGUGAAAUUAAAGACACCUGGAUGCACUGGGCUCCCCAGCACCUGCAACUGUUGACUCUGGGGGGUGGCAGAUAAAGGGGGCACAGCGGUGCACAGCCCGCAGACCAGCAAGGGCAGGCUGGGACCCCAGAGGGGACGUGUGGGACUGCAGAGCUCCGUUGCCGUGGAGGCUCCCCCCGCGGCCUGCUGCCCACAGUCACGUUGGUUGCCUGCUGCCCCACCCCCUGCCCCUGGCUGCCCACAGUCACGGUUGGUUCCAUGGUGGGAGGGCGUUGGGGGAGCAGCUAGCAAGGUGGCUGAAUUGGGGGUGCAGAGUCGGACCUCCGGGCUCCUGGGUCCCUAGGGUGUGGGGAGGCCGUCCCGGGGAGGGGCGGGCACCCACAGCCAUCUGCUUUGUCAGGGGCUCUGGCCUGAGAGGGCGGGGGACAAGAGCAGACGAGGAGGCCUGCCAUGAUAGCGGCGGCGGGGAGCGGCUCCCAACACAAGCAGCAGUCACUCGGAGGGAGCACUGUGUGGGUGGAAAUGCCAGCAAAUGCCAGCAAAUGCCGGGCCCCUGAGGAAUUCUGCGGUGCCCAGACCAGAGUGGUCUCGGCCACACCCAGGAGCACCACCCCUCCCACCGCCCCUGGCCCGAGACUUGCUGGGGUCCCAUGUGCCUUGGGCCUCUGUCCAAGGCUGGAAGGAGAAGGACCAGAAUGUGGGGGCUGACUCAGCCUAUGUGCCCCUCCCCCCCUCGUCUAGACAGCCAUGCCUGGUGCCACCCUGGCUCGCGCUCUGUGGGUCUGCCUGGAGCAAGACCUCCAACCCGCAGCAAGGGACAGGGAGCAGGUGCAUGCCAGGCAGGGGAAAGGCCUGGUCAGCACAGCCUGGGCCUGCACCGACCCUGGACAGAGGCCAAGGCCUGGAAACAUGAGAGCGUAAC